AUGAGUUCUCCAGUUGACAGCGUUCUUCAAGAGACGCAGCCUAGCGUCGCGCACGUACCGAUCAACGGAUUCAAUCUCCACGAGCUCCAGGCGUUGGCAGAUGAGCAACCUUUCACAGAACCAUACAAACCUCCAGGUGGAUUUCCUGAGCCCGAAUGGGCACCAGAUUGCAUGACCGAUGGCGGCUCUUUCUUCGAUCACCUACAAAAAGAGUACGAUCGCGCAUGCCAUCCUACCUCGCCUGUUGAGGCAUCCGCAGCCAGUCCAAGCGCCAGCGUUUCCGACCCGUCGACGCAGCACGAUGCGAGCGUGGAAGCCAUUGUCGAGGUGUACAAACACUUCGAGGGGUUGACCCUGUCUACGGAGCCGGUCGACAGAUACAAAUCAAAGCUCGACUGGUUCAUGGUAGAAGUCUUCAUGGCAAUAGGCUUCGCUUGCGAUGUUAUAUGUGAUAGCAAUCGUACUCUGCUGGACUCGCUCAAGCAAAGAGAGCAAGGAUUCCUGGUUGCCGUUGUACUGUUCCGAGAAGGCGAUCGGAGGAAUGAGUAUCUCUGUGGGGACGAGCGCGACCAAUGGCGUAUACCAAGAUUCCGCGAUCUGUUCACCAUGAGCGAGCUCAAUGCUGCUUUCACAGCUCGGGAGCCCGUAGUUCUCAAGGUCAUUCUGAAGAUUUCGAAUACCCCUCUACUGGCCUGGACUCAAAGGGACCCACGUUCUUCAAAGUCGACGUUAUUCAUAUAUGGUACGAAGCAGAAAGGGUGCCAUGAGCCACGGCAAGAAGUCGCCAGAGUCAACGACAAUAAAGUCAUCGAAUCUGACCUCACGACCGGCGAGUUAUACGUGUGGCAAGGAACCUCUCCAAGAAAGGCUGUGCUCGAUGAAAAUAUUGGAAAGGUCUACCCACCCUUACCGCCAGGCGUCACUCCCCAGGACGGACCUAGACACCCUUUUUUGACAUACAAUACCUUCACAUUUCCCGCCAAUCCUGGUCCCAACCCCAACCAUCUACAGAUCAGCCUUAUGGUCCGACUCGUCAGUCAUUUACACUCAACAAGUUUUGCAGGCAUCGAGCUACCUGCACACAUGUGCAUCCAUGAUUCGCGUACUGGAAGAGGUGUUGCCAAGCUCAGAAGUGCCAUCAAGAAAGCGCUCAACGAUUCAAUCUUUGAUCUCGAUGCUGGCAAAGAAGCCUCAGAUCAUCGUAGAGUCCAUUGGCUGUUUGAUCACGGCGCCAGUAAGAGGUGGGACAUUGAGUUCUGGGUUAUACCGCAACCUGAGAGCGGCAGCGUCGUUGGACAAUAUUUUUAUCGGUGGGAGGGUGGAAAUGUUACACAGUGGUUCAGGAGGGAUGGCAGAGGGCAGAGGAUUCAUGUUGAGGCGCAUUUUGUGCCGGUGUAA